AAUACCCCCUUCCCUCCCUUUAAAAUCCCAUCUCGCCAAGAGGGGCUUCAUCUAUUGUGCGCCGGGGUGAGAGAGAGAGAGAGAGAGAGAGAGAGAGAGAGAGAGAGAGAAUGGCGAGGAAGAAGAUCCGAGAGUACGAUUCGAAGAGGCUAUUGAAGGAGCAUUUGAAGAGACUCGCAGGGAUCGAUUUGCAGAUCUGCUCCGCGCAGGUAACGGAAUCAACGGACUUCACCGAAUUGGUGAACAGAGAACCAUGGCUUUCAUCCACCAGACUGGUUGUGAAGCCAGACAUGUUGUUUGGGAAACGUGGGAAGAGCGGUUUGGUGGCUUUAAACCUAGAUCUGGCCCAGGUUGCUCAAUUUGUGAAAGAACGCCUUGGCGUAGAGGUUGAGAUGGGCGGUUGCAAGGCACCGAUAACUACAUUCAUUGUUGAACCAUUUGUACCUCAUGACCAAGAAUUCUACCUUUCGAUUGUAUCCGAGAGGCUUGGGAGCACCAUAAGCUUUUCAGAAUGUGGGGGCAUUGAGAUCGAAGAGAACUGGGACAAGGUGAAGACGUUGUUUCUACCAACAGAGAAGCCUCUGACAUCCGAGGAAUGUGCUCCACUGAUAGCUAUGCUUCCCUUGGAGGUGCGAGAGAAAAUAGGGAACUUCAUCAGAGGAGUUUUCACAGUAUUUCAAGAUCUGGAUUUCUCUUUCCUAGAGAUGAAUCCAUUUACAUUGGUAGAUGGAAAUCCGUAUCCAUUGGAUAUGCGCGGAGAAUUAGAUGACACUGCUGCCUUCAAGAACUUCAGAAAAUGGGGGAACAUGGAAUUUCCACUGCCGUUUGGAAGAGUACUGAGCAGUACAGAAAGCUUUGUUCAUGGAUUGGAUGAAAAGACAAGCGCCUCUCUGAAAUUCACUGUUUUAAACCCUAAAGGACGCAUCUGGACUAUGGUAGCUGGAGGGGGUGCAAGCGUCAUAUAUGCUGAUACCGUUGGAGAUUUGGGUUAUGCAUCGGAGCUUGGAAAUUACGCUGAGUACAGCGGAGCUCCAAAUGAAGAUGAGGUUUUACAGUAUGCCAGAGUUGUUAUUGAUUGUGCUACUGCUGAUCCCGAUGGUCGCAAGAGAGCCCUUCUCAUUGGAGGAGGCAUAGCUAAUUUUACUGACGUUGCGGCUACUUUCAAUGGCAUUAUUCGAGCUUUAAGGGAGAAGGAAUCCAAGCUAAAGGCAUCGAGAAUGCACAUCUAUGUUCGAAGAGGCGGGCCAAACUAUCAGACUGGUUUGGCAAAAAUGCGGACUCUGGGAGUGGAACUAGGGGUUCCCCUUGAGGUUUAUGGGCCAGAGGCUACAAUGACUGGAAUUUGCAAGCAAGCGAUCGAAUGCGUUAUGUCAGCUGCGUGAACAAUUUUCCCUUUCAACUCCUCUUUUUAUGAUUCUAGAAUUCCCAUGUCGAGAAAAUUAAAGAACUCAGGCCUGCUUUCUCCCUAUGGAAGCUGAGUUGUAGCACCAGAACAUUUCUUGCCAAUGUUAUAUUACUUGCAAGUUCUUACUUGCA